AUGCCCGACUUCAUGUCGCUCAAAAAGGUGUGGGGGAAGCUAGACACCGGCAGCGGCGAUGCGCAGGAUCCAGCAGGGCCCUACGCUCAAGGUAUCGGCAACACGGGCGCAGGCGGGCCACCCAUCGUACUCGCCCAGGAUGACCGCGUGGCUCGAGUCAACAUGAUCCUGCGUGCGCUCCAGGUGUUCUUCGGCCUGGUCACGCUGCUCAUCGCCGUGUACAUGGCGACGUUCCAGUCGAAAUGGAUCGGAAGCCCAUCGGGCCUCACAGGUCUCAUCCUCUUCCUCACAAGCGCAAGUCUGCUCGCAUCGCUCGUCUUCCUGAUCGUGCCCAUCAUCUACGAGCGCUCGGGCUACAAGACCAUGAAGGGCUUUACGCGUGCGCUCUCCGAGGCGCGCGUCGGCAUGGUGUGCAACGGCAUCUUUGGCUUCCUGCUGCUCAUCCUCGCGGUCACGCAGACCAUCUCGGCCUACACCUCGGCGGGAUGCAAGGAUCCCAAGAACGACCCGCACGCGGGCGGCAAGGACCGCGCCGACUUUGUCGACCAGCUCGGCGGAUGGUGUCGCACCAAGCGCGCCGAAGCCGCCUUUUGCUGGUUCCUGUGGGUGACGUGGUUCCUGUCGCUGCUGCUCUUCCUGCGCCAGUGGAAGCUCGAGCGCAAAAACGGCCCACGCAUCCCGCCGUUUGUGCACCCGAACGAGGACUCGGCAUUCGAGCCCAUCAACGAUCUUGACGACGAGGAUGCUUUCGACGAAGCCAAGACCGCCAGGUACGGCGACGGCGGCGACGGCAGGUACGGUGUCGCGGGCGCAGCGUAUGGAGGUGGACAGCCCAACAUGGCCUCGUACGACCGCCGUGGUAGCAACCCGCUUGCUGACAUCGAGGCGCGGUAUGGCAUGAGCCCGGCAUAUACCGCGGAUCCGUUUGCGGAUGGACGUGCGACAACGCCGGCCUACAGCCGUCCUUCGUACGACUACAACGCGUACGGCUCAGCCGGCGUGCCCGGCGGCUAUGCUGCCGAUCCGUACUCGGCCAUCCACCAUCAGCUCGGCACCGCUCGCGCCGGCGACCGCCCGCCGCAGCUGCCCAGCAUGGGCUACCCCUACUGA